CCCGACUUCGUCUUUCUGCCUCGUGCCAGCUUUGGUGCUGUACUUGGCUCUGGUCCACAGCCUACGAUAUCGACGUAGCCAUGAAGUGCAACGCAAGUACCCAACUCGAGCUUCCUUGGGCACCAUGACUUUGGACGAUGCAUUCCGGAUCCAACUCAGACUCCCGGAACUCGAAUUCCCAACUAUUUUCUCCGUCUCCGUAUUCUUCGCGCUCUUCAAGACUUAUGGAAUUCCAUCAAUAUCAAAACUAUUGGUCGCAACCGGUCAACUCUCAAAUGGAAAGACAGCAUCGAAACGAGCUGCAGAUACGGGAGUCAUCCUUACAGAAGUCGUGCUUCACCACCCUUUGGAUCCUCGAGCCAUGGACGGAAUUGCGCGCAUGAACUACCUGCACGGCCUAUAUCGCAAAUCGGGCAAGAUCAGCGACGACGACAUGCUCUACACUUUGAGCCUUUUUGCUCUCGAGCCAAUUCGCUGGACAAAGCAGUUCGAAUGGCGACAAGUCAACGACGUCGAGCGAUGCGCAAUAGGCACAUAUUGGCGCUACAUGGGCGACGCCAUGGAAAUACCAUUUAAUUCUUUAAAAUCUUACGAAACCGGAUGGGCGGAUGGAUUGCAAUUUAUCGACGACCUAGCAGAAUGGAGUGUGGAAUACGAAGCCAAAGCAAUGGUACCUGCAGAAUCAAACAAGGUCGUGGCGCAAGGCACGAUUGAUAUUGGUCUUUUCAACGUCCCUAAAUUCUUGCAUGGUGUAGCCCUUUCAUUUGUAGCAGCUGUGCUGCAGCCCCAUCUACGUCGCGCCAUGAUGUUCCCAGAUCCUCCGGAGUGGGCUAUUGCGACCUUUACUACGAUCGUCACAGUACGAAAAUUCGUACUCCGCCACUUCUUCCUCCCGAGACCAUACUUCCUCAGGGAUCGAUGGUGGAGUGAACAUCCGAACACCCACGGACGGAUCAAUGCCAAGCAAUUUAUAUCGUUGCCUUGGUACAUCGAGCCAACAUUCGCUGCAAGAUGGGGUUACAAAGCCUGGUUGUUACGGCUGAUCGGCAGUAAAGUACCCGGUGACGAUGGUGAUAGCUACGAGCCGAAAGGCUACGUAAUCUCAGAGUUGGGGCCGGAUUCUUUGCGACACAAAGGCGCUGAACAAAUGAAGACAACACGCGAUGCCCUAGCGAACGGCACUAGAGUCGGCUGCCCCUUUUCGCGCUGGUAAUAGCAGACGAGCUAUAAUGCCAAUUCCUCAGAUAGAAUGAUCGCCCAUAGAGUGCAGAACCCAUUAGGUUACUGGUUGACCUGAUAUGUGCCAGGCACGUUUACCAGGUAGCGACAGCGUAGACCUGACCAUUGAAAACUUGCACCGC